AGUUUUCACUUUUUCUUGAAUACUAAUAUGCAUUUUUUUUAUCUUUUUAUUUUUUCCAGUAUUCUGAUGCAACAAGAACAACAGUGACAUGUUUUGCACCUCACAACCAACUUGGGGACUUUGUGACCGAAAGAAGAGGUUUGGGACCAUGAAGAAGUUGGAGGAGAACUAACCCCACUCCACAAACCUCUAACCACAAUUUACGAACUUAAAUGGCAGCUUUGGGUUUCUUUGCCAAGCCCCUCGUUUGCUCAUGAAACCCAACCCCUUCUUCCUCCUCUCUCUUCACAACAUCCAUUGCAAACCUUAUUCUACUACACUUUCCUAUCACCUCAUGGCCCAACAAACCAAUGAUUCGAACCGACCAGAGGAACCUGACAACAACCUUUGCUCCUACCAACAGGAAGUAGAACAGAAUGACUCACUGCUGUCAUGCAUGGAUUAUCCAGGUCGGGCCCUAACUGGAGAAUCUCGGGUAGAGUAUGCCUGGACCUAUUGGGCCAAGUUGGGCCGGCCCAGAUUCAUAGUGGCACCCAUGGUGGACAACUCAGAGCUUCCAUUUCGAUUGUUGUGCCGUAAGUAUGGUGCGUCUGCAGCCUACACGCCCAUGUUGCACUCGCGAAUCUUCAAUGAGACUGAGAAGUACAGAAAGGAAGAAUUCACCACUUGCAAGGAGGAUCGACCAUUGUUUGUCCAAUUUUGUGCCAAUGAUCCUGAUGUAUUAUUAGAAGCUGCACGCAGGGUGGAGCCUUAUUGUGAUUAUGUUGAUAUUAAUCUCGGGUGUCCUCAGCGCAUUGCAAGGCGAGGAUAUUAUGGAGCCUUCUUAAUGGAUAACCUUCCUCUUGUAAAAUCUCUAGUGGAAAAAUUGUCUCUCAACCUUAAAGUUCCUGUUUCAUGCAAGAUUAGACUCUUCCCGAAAUUGGAUGACACACUGAAGUAUGCCAGGAUGCUCGAAGAGGCUGGUUGUUCACUUUUGGCUGUCCAUGGCAGGACAAGGGACGAGAAAGAUGGGAAGAAGUUUCGAGCUGAUUGGAAAGCCAUCAGGGCCGUGAAAGAUGCAGUCAGAAUUCCAGUCCUUGCAAAUGGCAACAUAAGGCACAUGAACGACGUGAAAGAAUGCUUGGAGGAGACAGGAGUUGAAGGGGUUCUUUCUGCCGAGACACUGCUUGAGAAUCCGGCCCUCUUUGCUGGAUUUCAAACUGCUGAAUGGGUGUCCAAAAGCGAAGGAGCCGGUGUAGAGGGAAAUCUAGACCAGGCAGAUCUGCUGGUGGAAUAUUUGAAGCUCUGCGAAAAAUAUCCUGUGCCAUGGAGAAUGAUUCGCUCGCAUGUUCAUAAAUUGCUGGGAGACUGGUUCAGCCUUCAACCUCAUAUUAGGGAAGAACUAAACAAACAAUCUAAAUUGACAUUCGAGUUUCUUUAUGAUAUGGUUGAUCGGCUUAGAGGAACAGGUACAAGAAUUCCACUAUAUCUGAAAGACACUCCGUUGGAAACUUGUCCAAAUUUAACGGAUGAACAGAGCAGCGCACCGACGAUUGCUGUUCAAAUUUAAUAUCAAACAUCAAACAUUUUAGGUGGAGUUGGUGUCGCCAAGCAAAACGAUGAUGACUCCACAUUAUUUAGAUACAAUUUUUGUAGUUGAUUACAAGUGAGAAUAGUUCAAAUUAUUAGAUCCCUACUAUGCUGUAUUUUGAUUUCAUUCUUGUGGCGAACGCCUAAUAUACAUUGUUGUAUACGUGUUAAAAUUCAGAUAGUGCUAACUGCCACUGGUAUUGCCUAGGUACCAAUCUACUGAGAUUAAAUCACCAUUUUGACAAAAAUAUUCAAUCAUUAA